AUGGCGGACAAGGUAAAAGAUGUUGCCAAAUCCGAGGCACUCCGUAUCGGCACUCUGGCAGGCAAUGCAGCCAAGUCGGGUGCCUACAUGUAUCCCAUCAAGGGAAUAUUCUACUUCAUCGCGCACCGCAGCCUCUGGAAACCACUCACAUCCAGAAUCGGCCCCACGGUCACUCUGGGCCUAAGCAUUACAUCCGCCAUGUUUUUUUUCACCUAUGUGCCACAACUAGCCUUGCUUGCGCUGACAUCAGGUCCGCUGGCACCCAUUUCAGCGGCCCUGCUGGUUCUCAGCGAGAGCUCGACGCUGACAAACGCACUAUCAAACUCCUUUUUGCUGAAUGACGCGCUCGUGGAUACCUUUGACGGCACGCUUGUUUCCAGAGGUCACGAGGCCCUGGUCAGCGAUGGUCGACAAUUGAAAUCUGGUGGUAUAGGCGACCCGAUCUCGCGCUUGGGGAAACUAGUCAAGAAACCUUUCGCAAAGCUAUCACCGGCAUCCCUGAUCCGAUCCGUGCUGUACUUGCCGCUAAAUUUCAUCCCCGUCGUUGGCACGCUCGUGUAUAUCGUUGUGCAGGGGAGACGUAUUGGACCGACUGCCCACGACCGCUAUUUUCAGUUGAAAGGCUGGGAUCGGAGACGCAAAGAGGAGUGGCUGAAAACGCAUGCGCCAGAGUAUACAAGUUUUGGCGUGUUGUCGUUUGUGUUGGAGAUGGUGCCUGUGCUCUCGUUCGCUUUCACGUAUACGAGCACCGUGGGUGCGGCGUUGUGGGCGGCAGAUAUCGAAGCCAAGGCGUCGACAUCUCCGAGCUUGCGCGAGCAAGCCAAAAGUGCUGAGUAG